AUGGGCAGCGGCGGAGGCGGGCUGGUGUGGGCGACGGCGGAGGACCUGACGAGGAACCGAGGGCGUGUGUUGUCCCUCUACCGUCAGAUCUUGAGAUGCCUCAACUCACCGGAGCUCCCUCUCGGAGGCCUCGCCGCACGGCUGGCGAAGAAGGCGGAGGUUCGCACCAUCUUCAUGCUCGGAUCCGAGGAGCGCUCCCUCCACAACAUCGCCGACCUCGUGGACGCUGCCGAGUACUCCCUUUCCUUCCUCAAGAAGGGCCGCCUCCCCUGA